UGAAAGGGGGCGGGGCGGUAGGAAAUGCUCCUGGGGAAGCUGCAGCGGCUCGGGCUGAGCUUGAGACUGCGGAGGCAGCGGCCGGGGCGCAAGAGGUUCCCGCUUUCCUCGCACCCCAAACGGGUUCUUGAGGAGCAAGAAAAAAAUGGCAAAAGAACUUCAAGAAAUAAUACAAAGAUGUCAAUUUCUUGAUGAAGAGAAUUUUAAAGGGGAAGAUUAUAAUCUUUUUCAAGUUGCUGGACAGAAAUGUUUCGAGGAAGGGAAUAUAGCUGAAGUCUUGGAAAUUGUACAAAAUAAAAAAAAUGUGCUGAAUUUUUUCACCCUACAGGUUAUCAUAAAAAACAUGGGCUGGAGUCUUAUAGGACCUCUACUCAGAUGUAUGCUGAAACAAAGGCAAGAUGAUGUUGAGAGACAAUAUUGUAUGAAAAUAUUAGACAAGUUGGUAGAAUUAUGCAGUGCAAAAGAGCUUAUACUGGGCUUCCUGGAACAGAUUGAACAAGCUUCUAGGGAAGAGACAUCCUCAGUUAUUUUACUUCUGCUUAAACCUUUGCAAGAAGCACUUCUUAAACUUGAUACUAAGAAAGCCUAUUCAGUGGGGUUGUCACUGUCUACCAUUUUGAGCCAACUUUCCCUUCUGCCCAUUCCUUACACAAAACAGCAACUGCAAGAAGAUCAGCAUGGGCUUUGCCAGUGCCUUAAUGCUCUAGCACAGUUUGUCAGACCAUUUGUCCUUGAAAUUGUUCACCACGUGGAGAUCUUACCAGGUGGCAAUUGCAACGAUCUAAAGGAGGAACUACUAGGAUUUUGCCUGAAAAGUUUAAAAUAUCCAUUGCUAAUGGCAGAGCUUGAUCCAUUGCCUGAAGAGAUGGCUGAGAAUCACCUAAGGCAGUUUGCAGCUGCGAUAGUUGGAAUUUUAGCGGAUAUGAGAGAAUUAUUUCCACAAGUGCGUUUUCAGCCAGUAUGUAAACGUGAAAACUGGGAUGAUGAAGACAUAUCGGAAAUGAACAAGGAACAAUCCUCAGAUGCUUUAGCAUGUCUAUCUUACAUAGUAUUUGUUCAGGACUGCUUUGGUGUUGACUGCCUCCCAGUAGUUUUCAACCCAUCAUAUAUUUUGCAGUGCAAUAUGGUACAUAUUAGAGCUCUGUUGAAAAGGACGGAAGAACCUGUUUUAUCAAAAGGACUUGCUCUUUUGGAGAACUGUCUCCUGAGAUUGGAAAAUAAUAGCCUUUUUCUUCAGUAUUUGGAAUUUGAAGGCUUUAUUACAACACCUCAGGAUUUGGUCAAGAUUAUGACUCAAUGCCCUUUUGAAUCUCUGAGAAAGAAGAGUUUCAAGAUUUUGCAGCUGUAUUUAGAUAAAUUUAAUGAAGAGGGAAAAUACAUAUUAUUUAGAUGUUUAUUGAAGACGAGCAACCAUUCUGGUGUGGAAGGACACAUUAUUCAGAAUAUUAAAAAUCAAAUUGAUUUGUCCUUAAAGAGGGAAGAAGGCAGCAAGUUUUUUACUGGACUCCAGCUGGUCUCUCUGUUGGACAUGGUGCUCUCACUUCCUGAAGGUGCUGAAACUGAUCUUCUCCAGCAUUCAGAUAGGAUAAUGGCCUCACUGAAUUUGCUGAGAUACUUAUUUAUUAAGGAUAAUGAAGAUGACAAUAAGACUUGUGUAUGGACAGAACUUUAUAAGAUAGAGAGAAAUUUCUUGAAGCCUUUACACACUGGACUUAAUAUGUCAAGAGCACACUAUGAAGCAGAAAUAAAAAGGAAGAAAGAAAAUAAAAGAGCAGAACCUCACAGUUCUAAAAAGGCCUGUUUUCAAUUGAUAUCUAAAGCAAAGAUGUCAGGAAUUACAAAGGACAUGGAGCUUCAAGCUCUUCACUCUGCACUUUUCACAUUUGAUUUAAUGGAGAGUGUUCUGGCAAGGGUAGAAGAACUCAUUGAAAACAAAGGCUGCAACUGAAGAAACUACUGGAGUCAAAUAAAAUCUUUAUUUCAGUAUUCCACUUAUCAAGUUGGACUGAUCGAAAUAUAACAUGCCAUUUAAAAAAAAAUGCAAAAUAAUAAUUAUUACAGAUUUCUAGAUAAGUUUUAGGAUAUAUAUAUAUUUCCCCUACACCUUCAGAGGUUAGUCCCAGGAUUACAUUGUGCCCUUGCUAUAUUUUGAAUGACAGAACCAUAGGUAUCUAUCACCAUGUAUUUUCACGCAAACAUGUAAUGUAACACUACCUAUUUAUAAAGGCAUAGUAUGAAGUAAAGUAGCAAUGUAUAAGUAAGCAAGAACUACAAAAGGUAUUACUUGUACAAUACAUUUUAUUCACGAGAUUUAUGAUUAGAUGGAUUAUUAAAAAAUGAAGAAAACUAUUGUUCUGCUUGAAUGCCAUGAAAAUCAGAUGCAUAGAAUUAGUGACAUUCUCAAGAGCAGUUUGAGAAACACAAUGGAAGGGGUAGCAAAUAAUUGGCAAAGUUGUUUGUUUUUUCUUGACCCUUCCCCUUCUAGAUGCAAAUUUCAGUUGGAUUGUAAUUUGUUCUAUGAAUAGUAGGGCUUCUUCCAUUAACAGAAUCCAGCUGGUUCUGAAUUUAAUCCCAUAGAAUUAAGUCUCAUACUAGUGAAUCGAUUGACAAAAGCUGCUUAUAAUUUAAUUCCUAUCUUUGUCACAGGCUUAUAUACAGAUGUGUUGGUAAAAUGAUUUCUAUUACUUAAAUUUCAAUCUUAUUGAUACAGAUUCCCCAUGGUACAGUAAUACAAAAGGAAGAAAAAUAACAUUGCUAAAAUACAGAAUAAGAAUUAUCAAAAGACAAACAUAGAAGUGAGUGAACAACUAUAGUGAUGUAAAACUGUAAAGUUAGAAUCAUGUCUAUUAGCUGCUCUUCUGUACUUUUGA